UCCGAGGCUCUGGCUGGCAGUCCCAGCAGUGGAGGGGAGCCCCCCAAGAGCGGCGGCGGGGGAGGCCCGGGAGGCGGCGGCGGCGGUGGCGGUGGCGGCGGCGGCGGCGGCUCCCAAGGCACCCUGGCCUGCAGCGCGAGUGAUCAGAUGCGCCGCUACCGCACCGCCUUCACGAGGGAACAGAUCGCCCGGCUGGAGAAGGAAUUCUAUCGGGAGAACUACGUGUCACGGCCCCGGAGGUGUGAGCUGGCAGCCGCCUUAAACCUGCCGGAGACCACCAUCAAGGUGUGGUUCCAGAACCGCAGGAUGAAGGACAAGAGGCAACGCUUAGCCAUGACUUGGCCUCAUCCAGCUGAUCCUGCUUUUUAUACUUACAUGAUGAGCCAUGCUGCGGCCACAGGCAACCUGCCCUACCCAUUCCCCUCUCACCUGCCCCUUCCUUACUAUUCACACAUGGGCCUUGGAGCCACCUCAGCCUCUGCUGCUGCCCCAUUCAGCACCCCAUUGAGACCCCUGGAUACCUUCCGGGUCCUGUCCCACCCUUACCCUAGACCUGAACUACUCUGUGCUUUUAGACAUCCUUCUCUCUAUCCAGCCCCAACAACGCAUGGACUUGGGGGAUCAGGGGGCAGUCCGUGUUCAUGCCUGGCUUGCCACACCAGCCAGUCCAAUGGACUGGCACAGAGACCUUCUGGCUCAGACUUUUCCUGCUCCUCCACAACCAGGACAGACUCUUUCAUCACCUUCACGCCCUCCGUACUGAGCAAAACCUCCUCAGUGUCCCUGGAUCAGAGGGAGGAAGUCCCCCUUACAAGAUAA